AAUUAAAUGUCAAUGAAAUUUUAUUUUCGGAUCUGUACUUUGGUACUUUGUCAAUUAUUUUUUUUUUUUGUUUUCUUUUACUUUUUCGUGAGUAUCUUUUUGAUGGGUGUGUCUCUUGGCGAUAGUGUUAUGAAUGGGAUUUAAAUUUAUUUUUUGUCUUCGAGUGUUGAUUGUUGGUUAAUUAUGGAGGCGGGUAUAAAUACUGCUGUUGGCAUUUGAAUUAGACAUCAGUUGAACUCAGUCAAUUCUUGUCAUCAGGCAGUCAAAACCAAAUCUAUUCAAUUCAAAAUGUUCAAAUUCGUCGCACUUCUUGCUUUGAUCGCUGUUGCUGCUGCCAAACCAGGACAUCUGGCUACACACAGUACAGUUGAAUCAGCUCAUGUGGGAUCAGUUGUUCAUUCAGUGCCAUCAGCAGUAUCAACGCAAACAUUUACGAGGGUGCACAAUUCAGCUGUAGUAUCACCAGUUGUUGCUCCAGUUGUUAAAUCAUAUGUUGCUGCACCAGUCGUUCAUUCAGCUCCAGUUGUUCAUUCAGCUCCAGUUGUUCACUCCGUUCAUCAUGCUGCCCCAGCUGUAGUUCACUCUGCUCCACUUGUUCACUCUUCGUCAGUUGUACAUGCUGCUCCAGCUGUUCAUUCUGUUCAUGCCGUUCAUGCUGCUCCUAUCGUUCAAGCUGUUCACUCUGCUCCAGUUGUUCACGCUGUUCACUCUGCUCCAGUUGUUCAUUCAGUUCAUGCUGUUCCUCAUUCUUACACCCUCCAUCAUUAAA